AUGAAGGUCUCCACGGUCCUCGCAUUCGCUGCUGGCGCUCUCGCUAUGCCUACUGAGAAACAAUGGGACAACAGGAACUUUGCCAUUACCGACGAUUACCUCUUCAAGCUGACCCUACCUGAAUUUUCAGCCAAGCGCGAGGCCAAGGACCCUGCCUCUCUGAUCUGGACCAGCGAUGGCUGCACUGCUGCCCCGGCCAAUCCCUUCAACUUCGACUUUACGCCCGCCUGCCAACGUCAUGACUUUGGCUACGCAAACUACCGAGGACAGAGCCGCUUCGACCCACGUGAAGAAAAAAAGAUUGACGAACAAUUAUUAGUCGAGUAA